UUAUCGUGACACAUGGCAGAAGGACAUCAAUAACGUCGCUUAUCAGGCUGCUUGCAUGGAACAAUGGCCUCUCGACCUGCAAGCCGUGACGAGUUUGAGGUUGCAAUUGUAUGCGCCUUGCCUCUGGAAUAUGAUGCGGCUUGCCUGGCUUUCGACGAGUUUUGGGACAAUGACGGAGACGUUUACGGAAAGGCACCGAACGAUCCUAACAUUUAUACCACAGGCUCAAUCCAGAGCUUGAAUGUCGUUCUGGUUCUUCUACCGGGUAUGAGAAAAGUCAACGCAGCGAACACCGUAUCGAGUUUGCGAUCAAGCUAUUCGGGAAUCAGGUUGGCUAUUCUCACCGGCAUAUGCGGAGCAGUCCCAAGCCAAGGAAACGAAAUUAUCUUAGGCGAUGUCAUCAUCAGUAAAAGGGUCGUCCAGUAUGAUUUUGGACGACAACGAACGGGUUCAUACGCAAGGAUACAGUUGAAGACAACCUUGGGCGACCCACUGCAAGUAUUCGCUCCCUUCUGUCCCUUUUCCAGACUGCUCGGGCCCAGUAUCUUCUUCUUGAUAAGGCCGCCGAAAUUCUUUCGCACAUGCGGCAACCGAGCGGCAAGCAACAAGCGAAACCGCAUUCGAUACGAUCGGCCUCCAACAAUUGAGGACAAGCUGUUCGCUGCAGAUUACAUACACAAACAUCGAGAUUCGCGAUGUAAUGAUUGCACCACACACGCGUGUGAUGUCGCCAGGUCAGCUUCCUACGAAAAUUUAAGCUGCGAAAAUGGAGGCUUGAUCCCGCGAAAGAGACUUUCAGAGAUGAAAGGAGAAUUGGCCGACGGGGAAGACCAAUCAACUCAAGUUCUGCAUGCAGGAGCCAUAGAAAGUCCGUAUACUAUCAAUACAUCCACGAUGUUGCCAUUGAAGUUCAAACCUUAUGCGAUGUGCAAAAUAUUGCCCAUCAGUGUUAUUUUACCGCUAUUUCCCUUGUUUCGUCGCGGA